GGAAAGAAAGCAGCAGCAAGACUGUGGAAGGACAACACAUCAGAAAGAAAAACAACGUACGUAGUGUACAUUAGUUAACACCUAAUUGUAUAUAGUCGCAAAGUAAUACAUUUUCUGAGGUAAUUAUUCUAUUUUUAAAUCAAAAUAUACAUUGCCACAACUUAGUAUGUCAAUAAAUCAGUCCCUGCCUAGUGACAGCACUGCUAAUAGAAUUCAUCAGGGAAAAAACGGGAUUAUGAUUAACAGAGUAGUAGUAGUAGUAGUGCGUCAUAGCCGUGGGAAACCACAACAUUACUGAUAUAUGAGGGUUAGGUAACGUCUUGUCAAGCUUCAUUUGGGGUUUUAUCGUAUGUUUUGGUGUUGGUGGUGCAUUUCUGUGCUCUUCUGUCACAGCUAUGCUAUGAUUCCUGAGGUGAUAAGCUGCGCACCUGAAGGCAGUUCUUCUGUUCACCAGAGGAGGAUAUUAGCUCCAGCUCCUCAGGGAGUCCCCGGAGUAUCUUGUCAUGUGUUACAGGAAACAUGGGUUUGUGUGUACUGUCACUGACAGGGGUGGUGGCACAGCUUAAAAACCAGUCUGCAUCUUGGACUCACCAUGACUCAACAACCAGACCAGCAGGAGAAAAAAAGAGCAAAUAUGAAGGGCUACAUUUUUCUUCUAGUCAACCUGGCCAUUUCAUCUCCCUUUCCGCAACGAAGCGAGAAGAGGCUUGAUAAAUCUAAUUUCACCUUUGAAGACAUGGAGGAAGGGAAGGACAUUUCAGAAAUAAACAAUGGACACAGCGAUAUUCUGCCUUCCAUAAAAUCCAGGUCUUCCUUAAGUUCUGAUGACAUCUUGUGGACAAUGCCCAUUCCAGUUGUUUUGGAUGAAAGUCUGGGGCUAAAUGCUGUAGGUGUCAUCCUGCAAGCCUUUGAGCAGUUCAGGUUGAAAUCGUGCAUUGACUUCAAACCAAGAGACCAGGAAAGGGAUUAUGUCAUUGUCCAAAAGUUGGAUGGAUGUUAUUCAUACGUUGGAUUGGUUGGUGGUCCACAAGAACUCUCCAUCGGCACAAACUGUGACGAAAUUUCUCUUGUGGAGCAUGAGUUUCUCCACGCGCUCGGCUUCUUUCAUGAACACACCAGAUUUGACAGAGAUGACUAUGUGACCAUUCACUUAGAGAACAUUUUAGCAGAUAACAAAAACAAUUUUGAGAAAAUCCCCCUAAGUGUGUCCACUGAUAUGGGGGUUCCGUACGACUACUGGUCAGUAAUGCAUUACGGCAAAAAGGCAUUCAGCAAUGGUGAUGGGAAUACAAUUACAACAAAGGACGCAAAGUUCAUCGACAUAAUUGGCCAAACACAGGACAUGAGUCCCAGUGAUACUCUGGAGCUGAACCGGCGCUACAAUUGCACAUCAACUGCUACAUUCUCUAUGCACUGCACCUUCUCCCAAGGGGAAAUGUGUAAAAUGAAGAAAUGUUCGCUGGGUAAUAUUGAAUGGAAAAUGGUUACACAUGCCAACAAUGGUCCCAGCUCUGACCACACAAGUCUACCCACUGGCAGCUAUAAUCAUAGUAGCGAUGACAGUCACUUUAUGUACGCUAACACAGCAUAUGGGAUGGAGGGAGACUCCGCCACCCUGGAGACUGACAGAAUGUAUAGCAAAGGCAAGUGUAACGUCCAAUGCCUCCAGUUUUACUACUAUCACCGUGGGAGCCAGAACGACACACUUAACAUCUGGAUCAGGGAGUUUCACGAUGAACGGGACCACAGAGGAUCCCGCCGACUCAUGGGACAGAUCAGUGGUCAGCACACAUCACACUGGCAAGUCCACCAUGUGCCCUUGAAUGCCACCACAGACUUUCAAGUAGAGUUUGAGGUCCGAAAAGGUGGAGGAUUUUCCUCAGGUGGCUUCUCGAUCGAUGAUGUCAACCUCUCCGAGACAGGGUGUCCACAUGUUACCCUUCAACUGAACAAUAUUGAAAAACUGUUGAACGCCUCUGACUCUGAAACUAUAUUCAGCCCACGGCAGUACUCCAAAGAUGGCUAUGCCUAUCGCUUUGCAGUAGUGCUAUCUGUGUCAUAUAUCGGACUGGGAGUACAACUGGUAUCAGGAAAAUACGAUAACCAACUGCAGUGGCCUAGCUUACACAAACAGGUGACUUUACAAAUGGUGGACCAGACACCCAAUCCUCGAAUGCAAAUGUCUAUGAGAAGAAGCUUCACGAGUGAUCCAGUAACAGACACCAGCGAAGGGAGUCGCUGGUACGAGAAUCCGCGUGAAGUUGGAGAGCAAUACGUUGAUAAAAAUAAUGAAACUUCUUAUGGCGGACUUGUAUAUGGCAGAAGCUCUUUUGCAGAUUUAGAUACAAUGAAAACCAGAGACUUCAUCAAGGGAGGAAAUGCAGUUUUUACCCUAAGCUUCCACGAUCUCUCUUCCUUAGUCACCGGAGAUGAACUGCCUUGUCCACAUAUGGCAGCAGUAAAUUAUAACCAAUCACAUGACCUCGAUCAUGGCACAUGCUCAUCACGGAUCCCAACGACUGUCCAACCAUCUCCGACAACCACUGGUGACUGGAUCAUGACCACAGUCCAACCACCUCCCGUGACAACCGACGACAGCAUUUUUGGCUUCUCUCCAGCUAUAGUGGCGUCUCCUGUCCUCACCUUUCUGCUAGCACUGAUUCUAAUGAUACCAUAAUAUAUUGCACUUUCUCACCUCACCUAAAAAAGCACAAAAGAUGCAACAUUUGGAAAUGGUGAAAAUUAUUGAUGGGAUUUUUAUGUAUGUAAUAUGGGAAAACAAAG